UAGCCUAAUAUGGCGUUGUAUAACCUCCCACUAUGCAUUGCCUGUCCCUAGUUUUUUAGAUAAUCUAAUAUACAUGCUGAUUUUAUGAGUUAAGUUAGAACCUGUAAAACUUCCAUAAAUUGUAAGACCAGACUGUACUCUGAGCUCAUAAUGUUUUUUUUUUUUUUUUUUUUUUUGAACGGCUAAUUUCUUUAAUCCCCUGUCGUCUAUGGGACUUGAACCCAAGACCUUCCCCUUCCCAACCUAGGUGUUUUAAAGGCUUUACCUUUGCUAAUAGACCACUACCCCAUUGGUAAUUAAUCUGAGCUCAUAAUGUACGAUGGUUUUUGUGUUGUAUUAAAAAGUUUAUUUAUUAAUGCAAUAAUGUAGGUGGCCCAGAUCAUUAAAUAAUGCCAUGUACUACUUUCCUCAUCAUUUCGUCUUCUCAGAAAGUAUAACUUAAUUUUUUAUUUUUUUUAGAACAACCAAGAGAACAAUAUUAUCACAAGAGCCAAAACCUCUAGCAAGUUGCUAGAGGAAAAUUACAACAGGCCCACUUUUACAUCUCAAACAAAUUUGCAUUAAAAGCUAACCAAUAUUCUAAAGAUACAUUCUUUAUUUUGGCUCUGCAACUAAUCUACAGUAGUGUGUGUAGUCUCUUUUAUUUCCUCCGCCAUCUUUGCAUUUGGCAUAUUUGUUACCCUGAAUACCUUGUUGUUUCUGCAGUUCCAGAUUUUCCAAAGCCCCAUCAUAACCACACAAAGUAUAGCUUUCCUUUGUUUCUUUUGACACCUUCUGCUCCUAUACUUCUUUCAGCAGGUCUUCUACUGUCGAACAAGUCGACAAAGAUGGGACUUUAAGCCAGCAGCCUAACAUCCACCAUAAGGACCCGCCAUUAGACAACUGACCAAUGCAUGAUCAACCGUCUCUUCUAGAUAUCCACAUUGUGGGCAUAAGGUACUAGAUACCUGAACACCCCUUUUUGCUAGCUCGACGACCGUUGGGAUUUUUCUAUUCGAAGCCCUCCAUACGGAGAUGUUAAUUUUUGGGGUUGCCCAGUUACACCAGCGUAAUUUCUCUCCAUUAACUACUUCGUUGUUUGCACUUCUUAACUCUUCCCUCACCCUUUUGACUGUAAAUACCGUAUCCUUCUCAGACUUCCAACCCCAACAGUCCCCUUGUGGCUUGAUUUUGAACUGUUUUAGGCUAUCCAAAACUUGUAUUAAAUUCACCCCAGCUUCCAAAGUUUGUGGUUUCGUUAUCCAUUCCUAAUCCCAAACCAAUGAAUCUCCAAAUCUUUUAUAGUUAUCUUCAACUUUUGCACCUUUAUGUUUUGCCAUAUUGUAGAGAUCCGGGUACCUUUUACAUAAUGGUUCAUUACAGAGCCAACGAUCCUCCCAAAAUCUGGUUAUGCUUCCACACCCAACAUCGCUCAACAACUUGCCCUCAGCUUCAAUAUUAAUUUUUGCAAACUCUUUCCAUAUUGACACUACAUUUUUCCACACACCAGUGAUUGAUUUGUGAUUUGUUAACUGGAACAAGUUCACAUUUCCAGCCUUUACCAUGAAUAGCUAAAACUUCCCGGGCCCAUAGUUGUUCCGGUUCACUUCGCAACCUCCACCACCACUAUAAUAAAAGUGCCAAGUUUGCAUCUUUUAAUCCGCCGACCCAUUUAAUUUUCUUCGUAUUACCCGUGCCUCCCCAUAAAAAGUUCCUCCGGAUUCCUUCUAGCGUCUUGAAAACCUUAACCGGUACUUUAUAUAAUCACAUAAAAUAUGUGGGAAGACUGCCGAGCACUGCCUUCACCAAAGUUACUCUUCCAGCGAAUGACACACUUAGCCUUCCAUCUAGAUAGUCUUGAGUUGAACCGGUAGAUUACUGCUUUCCAAUUCUCAAUCCUAUUUAGAUUUGCACCCACCAACAAUCCCAUAUAGGGAAUGGAAACAUUCCAGCCUUGCAACCGAGUGAUUUGGCUGCCUCCUCCACUUCAUGAUUCAAAAUGCCGAUCCCGAAUACCUUGCUCUUGGAAAGGCUCACUUUAAGACCUGAAAGAAGAUGAAAACAAUGAAUAAUACGAUUAAGGUUUCGGAUAUUGUGCAGAUUUCCUUCACCAACAAAUACUACGUCAUCAGCUUAGAAUAAAUGUGAUACUACUAGUCCGUCACCGGGAAGCUUCACUCCUUGAAAAAUUCCAGUCGCCAAAGCCUUAUCCAUCAUAUUAUGUAGUGCUUCAAUCGCGAUUACGAAAAGGAAACGGGACAAAGGGUCCCCUUGCCUGAGACCACACUGUACCUGGAAUUCUAUGGUUGGAGAACCAUUUAUUAGCGGAACAUAUAAUAACAUAAUAUAUCUAGAAUAUAUUUGUAUUAUUGUUUUUUAUCUUGUAUAUAUCUCCAUUAGUUUAGGAGAUCUUGUUUCCAUCUUUAUCCUUUUGUAACUUGUAUUUAUAUACCUUUUCAUUAUCAAUAAUAAACAUCGAAUCAUUCAGAAUUACAUGGUAUCAGAGCGCAUCCGCUCUGUACCCUAGCCAGUCGACAACUUCCUACGGGUUUCGAUCCCAUCUCUUGGGUUUCGAUCCAUCUUGUUUGCCGGCCGUUUUCCUUCGAUCCUGACCUGUCAAAAUCUCAGCAUGGGUGAUAAAACUACUGAUUCAUCCACGAAAUCGCAAGCACAGCCUCUUCACCCCGUCUACACGGUCACAGAUAUUCAGAAGAAGGUCCGAGUCUUUGAUGGAUCUAAGGUCACGUAUUCUGCAUGGGUGAAGCUAUUUCAACUUCAUGCACGCGGGUACGAGGUUUUGGAUCACAUCACUGAGAAGCCUCCUCCUAAAGAAGACCCCACGUAUGACCAAUGGAUGAAGAUUGAUGCUAUCGUUCUUCAGUGGAUUUAUGGUACCUUGUCUAAAGACUAUCUCCUGCGUGUUCUUGAAGCCGAGUCAACUGCCCUAGAAGCUUGGGAUCGUGUCAAAGCCAUAUUUCUCAACAACAAAGGCCCAAGAUGUGCUGCCCUUCAACAAAAAUUUAUUAAUCUCAAGCUCAGUGCCAUGCCCUCUUUGGAAGCCUAUUGUCAGACACUCCGGGAUCUUGCAGCACAGUUAACUGACGUAGGUAAUCCCAUCAACGAACAGACUCUAGUUUUGCAACUUGUGCGUGGGUUACCUAUGGAAUUCGAUACUAUCGGUUCCAUUAUUAACCAAUCUUUACCCACUUGGGAGGAAGCCUGCAACAUGCUCCAUUCAGAACUCGAACGACACGCUGCUCGUGAAGUUACCCAAUUGACACCAUCUGAGGCGUUGGCUGCUGUAACUUCUUCAAUGCCGCCUCCACGCCGGGACAAUAACGCUCGCCGCGAUGGUCCAAAUCGAUCCUCGGGAAACAGAAGGAAUGGUGCUGGUCGUGGCGACCCAACCCAACACUCAUCUGGGCAUGGGCAGAAUCAUUACCAGGCCCAACAGCAGCCCACUGCGGCUUCAUCGCAGCCCAAUCGCGGACAGAAAAGGGGCACUAAUCAGCGUGGUAACUGGGCUCAGUCCCAGCAGCCAACUUACUCGGCCCAAACAGCUUACUCAGCCCAGAAUCAGUACCCGAUGCCUCCCUAUUGGGCCAGCCCAUACUGGGCACCACCUCCGCCAUGCCAGUAUCCCACCCAACCUGGGUGGGUUGCACCUUGGCAGCCGACACCUAGGCCCAAUCACCAACAAGCCCAACCUUUUGCAUAGGCUCACCUCACGGAUGUUAAUCCGCUUAAACCCAGUGAACUUGCUGAAGCACAAGAGUGGGUUAUGGACACUGGCGCCUCAAACCAUCUCACUUCGGACGCAGGAUUAUCCGAGUGGGGUGAUUUUGAGUCGACAUAAUAGCUCCAGCAACCUAUACCCGCUCACUGCUACCACAACAACACCUGAUGCAUCUGCUUUUGUUUCCACCACUGCUCCUGAUUUUUGGCACAAUCGUCUAUGACAUCCAGGACAUCAUGUUCUAGAUUUUUUAAGUUCUAAUAAAUUUAUUCCUUGUCAUAAACUUAGUCGGUCGUCUUUUUGUAAUUCGUGCCAAAUUGCUAAGCAUAAACGGUUACAUUUUCAUUUAUCUACAUGUUGCACUUUAUGUC